ACCAUCGAUGUAUCGAUAAGUUUGCUGCCUAUAAAUUAAUAAAAACACAAAAAUGAAACCGAGAUCCCAGAAACCCCAAGGAAAACUCCAAGGAAAACCCCAUGGAAAACCCAACAAAGGUCCUGGCAAGGUGGCCCACAGUCAAAAGCCCUACUUCAAGAACAAAAACAAACAAAAGGGAAAAGACGACAAGCCCAACAAACCCGAGAUCCGCAAUAUGAAACGUCAAGAAAAGGCUGCCAAGGAGGCGGCGGAAAGGGAGAAAGUUCGGGCGGAGCGGGAUGCCCAGGUGAAAGCCUAUAAAAAGAAGCGUUUGGAGAAAACCAAGGCCAUUAGCAAAAGGACCCAAAAGGGUCAGCCCUUGAUGAAAGAUCGCAUGCAGCUCCUUUUGAAACAGAUCGAGGAGAUGAAGCGCCAUUAAGUGAGUCACAGGACAUCUUAGUGUUUAUCCCCAUGGCGCUACACUAUAGGAGUUUUACCUAUAGGGCGCACAAAGAAAUGUUUACUUUUACAGUAGGUUUACUAUAUUUUUAAUUGAAAUACACUGUUUUACACAACUAAA